AAACAAGUUUAAAUAAUGCAGAUAAUUUCUCUCAUAUUCGUGGUGGGAUGUGCUGGAUUGGUAUUAGGCGCCGCACAAAUGUCAGAUGGACAGUUAGAGCGGACCUUGGCUGAUAGAGCUACCAUGCAAAGGCACAUUAGGUGUGCCCUUUCUGAGGGACCCUGCGAUUCCGUUGGUGUAAGACUUCGAACUUUAGCGCCCUUAGUCCUACGAGGGGCCUGUCCGCAGUGUUCCGCACAAGAAACGCGGCAAAUUCGUCGAACUCUCGCAUUUGUUCAAAGGAACUACCCGUGGGAAUGGGCCAAAAUUAUCACACAUGUUUUAGUAUUAUGCGCAGUGGCAGCCGUCUGCGUAGCCGAAACACAGAGGCCUGAAGUAUCAGACACUGCUCUGGAAGAUGCUCUCAAUGACAAACGAUUCAUCCAAAGACAACUUAAAUGUGCCCUUGGAGAAGCACCAUGUGAUCCCAUUGGCAAGAGACUUAAAACAUUGGCGCCAUUGGUUCUCCGAGGAGCUUGUCCCCAGUGUACACCGCAAGAAACAAAACAAAUUCAACGCACUCUGUCAUACGUGCAACGGAACUUCCCUCAACAAUGGGCUAAAAUUGUACGCCAAUACUCUGGAUAAAAUAAUGUAAUAUCACGUAAUAUGUAGAAAUUAGGCUUAUAAACCACAUAUCAAACUAUAUUUAAGAAUACAUGGUAUUUAGAUACCAGUUUCAGUGCAGGAUGUUGUUGAAUGAUUAGAAUUGAAAGAAAAUACGUCUACAUUUAUUAUUAUUAUGAGUAUUUAAAUAGGUAUGUCUCUUUCUGAAUUAUCUUUACAGUCUGUAUUAUAUUUAAAACAUAUCUAAUGCACAUCAUAAUUUCUCUUUUUUCAUUAUUAUUUAAUUUAUUUAUCAUAUUUAAUGUUUUUGUCACAUAAAAUGUGGUUCAAACAUAACCAGCCUAUUAUCAACUUUAGCAAUAUUGUGUACUUACCUUUAAUUAAAUAAUUUUAUACGGA